UGUGACCGGUGUUUUCCGUAAAGGUUUGACUCGACACCGGCUGCUUCGCUCUGAAACCAAACCAAGUCGUCAGUCAGGACCAUCACUACCGAACUAAACGGACUCUUUUAAACCGGAAAACAAUGUAUAAAUGCAGAUCAAUUUGGCAGGGGUGUACGCCUUUGAAGAGGACAUUCUCGUCGGCUUUGAAGAAGAAGCAGCUAAAUGAUGCUUUAUUCCCAAGAGGUAAGAGGUUGUCACAGCCUGGACCCCUGAGGUUUAUGGCAACAGAGUCCGUUGAAGGAGUCGGCAAGUAUGGAAACCUCUGGAUGAUUGGUGGAGUUGUUGGAUUCAUUGGCAUCACAGCAUUUGUGUACAAGAUGGAUCUGAUCACACUUGGUCUUCAGCCAGAGCGAAAUUUGGCUGCUGACGUAGCACCAACUACCCCUGCUAAAGUUGAAAGCAGCCCUGCUGCUACAGAAAGCAAAGAACGUGGAGUGGCUGCCACAGAAACAGCUGAUGAGGCUGACUCAGGCUCUCCGGCAGUACCUGCCCCAGCAGUCUUCCCAGAGCAUGUCCCGUAUGUCAUCGUCGGAGCUGGUACGUCAGCAUUUGCAGCAUUUAGAGCUAUAAGAUCAAGCGACCCUAAGGCAAAGGUGUUGGUGAUAGGUCAGGAGGAUUACACACCAUACAUGAGGCCACCACUCUCUAAAGAAUUGUGGUUUAGUGAAGACAAGGAAGCCAUCGCUAAUCUCAGAUUCACACAGUGGAAUGGCAAAGAGAGAAGUAUUCUUUUUGAGCCGGAGUCUUUCUACUGCAAUCCAACAGACCUCAUGGGACGAGAGAAUGGAGGUGUGGCCAUCUUAAAGGGAGCAAAGGUUGUUUCACUGGAUGUUCAUGAGAAGGCACUAACCCUGGCCGAUGGUAAGACCAUCAAAUACGACAAGUGCCUCCUGGCUACAGGUGGUACACCAAGAAAUCUUCCAGCAAUCCGGAAAGCAGGAGAGGAGGUUGAAAAAAGAACAACAUUAUUUAGAACUAUAAAAGACUUUAAGAGUCUAGAUGAGAUUACACAGACGGCCAAGAACAUUGUUAUUAUCGGGGGUGGUUUCCUAGGCAGUGAGCUGGCCUGUGCACUUGGAAGGCGAGGCAAAGAAACAGGUUUGAAAGUCACACAAGUCUUCCCUGAAAAAGGAAACAUGGGAAGAGUUCUACCAGAAUAUCUCAGUAAAUGGACAAAGAAGAAGGUUAAAAACGAGGGAGUAGAGGUAGUUCCUGGGGCCUUCUUGAAGUCUGCUGGUUUUGAUAAAGCCAAUGAGCAGGUCACCAUCAAGCUUAGCAACGGUAGAAAGUUGAACGCAGAUCACAUAGUGGUAGCCGUUGGUCUUCAGCCUAAUGUUGACCUUGCAAAAUCUUCAGGUCUUGAGAUUGAUGAUGACUUAGGCGGGUACCGAGUCAAUGCUGAGCUGGAGGCCAGGAGUGGGGUCUUUGUGGCUGGUGAUGCUGCUUGUUUCUAUGAUAUCAAGCUGGGUAGAAGGCGAGUAGAGCACCAUGAUCAUGCUGUAGUCAGUGGUAGACUCGCUGGAGAAAACAUGACAGGAGCCAAGAAACCAUACUGGCAUCAAUCCAUGUUCUGGAGUGAUCUAGGUCCUGAGGUUGGGUAUGAAGCAAUAGGGAUUGUUGAUUCCAGUCUACCUACGGUUGGUGUAUUCGCUAAAGCCACGCCCAAAGACACGCCCAAAGCCGUCGUUGAACAAACCGGAGAGGGCAUUAGAUCAGAGACUGAGAGUGUAGCUGAUGUGACAGUCCCAGAUGUGACCCCUGCAGUAGCAGCACCUGUUGCAGCAGAGGAUUAUGGGAAGGGUGUGGUAUUCUACCUUAAAAAUGACUUGGUGGUCGGUAUUGUCUUAUGGAAUGUCUUCAACAAAAUGCCCAUUGCAAGAAAGGUUAUCAAAGAAGGAAAAGAAUACAGUGACCUCAGUGACCUCGCUAAAUUAUUCAACAUUCACGGGACGCAAGAAUGAAACAGCCUUUUCUAGUCUAGCUAUUAAAUUGUAUUAAUACAAAUAUAGAUAAAGAUUUUUAUUAUAAAUGCAUCUUCUGUGAAAAGAAUGACAGUCGCUAAUUAUCUUUUGGCUUACUUUAGAGGGAGGGUAUUACCUGUUGUAAUUACACCAAAAAUUAAUAACCGUCAAGCCUUACUUGGUAAAAAGCACUGCAGCUGUUGGUAGUGUAUAACAUUUUGAGAAACAAUUCCCUUCUGAGGAAUGUGGUUUGAAAAAGAUUGAUUCAAAAACAUUUCAAUUUCUCAGAUUGUGUAUUCCAAUUACGGUUUAUUCUUACUGUGUGGAAAUAACCGCUCCAGAUUUUCGGCAUUAUCUCAAACCCCACCAACUUUUGAAAUUAAAAUAUCCAAAGGUUAGUUGUAUUGUGCAUAAUGUCCCAUUUGGAUAGUAUUAAAGAACGGAAGGGUUCCAAAAACCGAAGGUAUACUUUGCACACAAGAAUACAGUCUUAUGUUGAUAAAAAUGUUUCACUUGGAAAUUUCUAAAGAGAGUUGAUGUCCUUAUUCACUCAAGGUGUUUUUCCACAACAUUUUCUUAAUUGGCUUACGGAGCACUUUUGGAACGCCCUCAAGGCUUUAGGCAGUUUUUCCACAGCAUUUUCCUAAUUGCCUUACGGAGCACUUUUGGAGCGCCCUCAAGUUUAACUUUAUGCAGUUUUUCCACAACAUUUUCUUAAUUGGCUUAUGGAGCACUUUUGGAGCGCCCUCAAGUUUAACUUUAGGCAGUUUUUCCACAACAUUUUCUUAAUUGGCUUAUGGAGCACUGUUGGAGCGCCCUCAAGUUUAACUUUAUGCAGUUUUUUAGACGGCUGACUUGUUUAUCCACAAAAGAAAAUCCCCAAUCCUGCUGUGAUUUGUUUUUCUUUUACAAAGGGGGUUAGAAGAGACUGAAAAUAACCUUCGAUUUGACGAAGGCUAUUGUGUAUACCUGGAUUCCAGACCUUUGUACAAAUGUGGCAUACAUGAAAGGACAGGCUGCCACUAUUGUUUAUCAUUGUAUUUGGCUCAAUUGGAGAAAAGUCUGAGCGUGUUGACAUCCAGCAUACCAUGGCAGAUUAUUGGCCAUGGGUUACAGACGAGGUUUUGCGAUUCACUGUGAACACAUACUCACAUUUACUCACACUUGCCACGCGAGGGUUUCAUUGUACCAACGAUAUUUUAAACCAUGCCCUGAACCAUGAAUGAUUAUUUGUGAAUAUUUACCUGAAGUGGUAAGAGACACCAACCUUCAUGACAUCUAUAAUUCAAUUGUGAUCAGUAUUUGUUAUUAUAGCCUUGUGCACCGGUAUAUCCUACAAAGUCCUGAUGCGGAUUGUGGGGGAUUAGGGUCUGUUAAAGUCACAUGGACACUUUCGAAACAGAAGAAAUAUAUAAAAGUUCACAGAUUUACAACCAACUUACAGGGUUUACAGAAGGUAAUGGUGAAAGACUUCUCUUGAAAUAUU